ACGUCAGCGCGUUGCAAUAUACAUCGAAGAGGUGCCAAUGUAGCGAAGUCGUCGCUACCGAUCCGCACAAAGAACUGUCAUUGAUUCAAUGCCCACUCACUAACGACAGAUUCUGUAGGCGCUCUUCACUGGGGUUGCUUUUAGCCGACCAAGCCGACUUCAUGUCGACAGUAUUCUUUAGAUUUUAUAUCACGGAGAGUAAGAGGACCAACACAUAAGGUGGCGAUUUACCUGGAUGCUGAAGAAAGAGUCAUUAAUUGACAUUUCCCUUCGGUCUUCACGUCAUGCCCUUGUUUACGUGAUAAUGAAUUCUCUCGAGAUUUGAUAUUCGAGAUUUUGAGCUUCACAAAGGAGGAAAUGGUUCCCAGGUUUUAUUCAGGUGAACAAAGGAGGUAGACGAUGACGAAUGCUGUCGUUCUAGGAGUCACCUUGGGUCUUGCAGGCGUUGUAGCAGGCGUGGUCUGUUUUGUGCUAUGUAGAGUGUACCGGAACAAGAAGCACAGGCAACAUAUUUCCUCAUUUUCCGGAUAUGAUGCCGUUGGAGACUACAAACCACCAUCCCUGAUGUCCAUUUCUACAGCUUCGCAGGAAGCGUUUAUGACAAAGGAGCACCGGCCUGUACAACCGUCCACUGGUCCGUCAAACUCCAGGGGGAGUAUUUCUACAAUGUCCCGGGGCAGUAUCAAAAGUGACCCGUUUACAGAGGAAACCAGCAGUAUAAGUGCCCGCAGCGACACCAGCGCAGAUAGUCUCAUAUUUGAUCCCAACUUUGGUGCUAUAAGACCGGAUCUGUAUCCCAGGAAGGAUGCAGUACUUCAGCAGUCCUCUGUGGAGCAGGGCAGGGGUAAACUACAUAUCCGAAUCAAGUACGACUUCCGGACCUCAGAUGUCCUCGUCCACCUCAUUGAAGCUCAAGAACUUGUGGUGGAUAGAUCAUUUGAUCAGGAAGGGGGAUUUGGAGAUCCCUACAUCCGGAUUAGUAUGGUUCCGGAAGUAGAUGAGAGAAUACGACAAUCAUCUGUCAAACGCAGAACCCACAAUCCGUUUUAUAAUGAAUUCUUUAAGUUCCCGGUGACACUUGACGAAGUGAAAGAGCGGACAUUGAUUUUUCAGGUCUUUGACUUUGAUAAGUUUUCCCGUCAUAAAACACUGGGUGAAGUUAGUGUCAAUUUGGGUCAAGUCGACGUCACAAACAGCGUAGAGAUGUGGUGUGACAUUCAAAAGCAAAGUCAGCACAAUGAUAUGGGUGAAAUUUUACUGUCCCUGAGUUAUCUCCCCACGGCCGAGAGGCUGACGGUAGUCGUGUUAAAAGCUACAGAACUUGUGAUGACUGCAGCGGGAGGAUCCUGUGACCCGUACGUACGGGUGUCACUUGUUGUGGACGGGAAGAAAGUUAAAAGAAAGAAAACCUCUGUCAAAAGAAGUACAACAGCUCCUGUCUGGAACGAGGCAUUGACCUUUAACAUUUCCUCAGACAUGUUGUCAAAGUGUAACCUUGAGGUCACGGUGCUUGACCAUGAUCUGAUAGGUCACGGUGAAUUUGUUGGACGAUGUAUUAUAGGACCAAACAGACCGGAAGCGGAAGGUAAACAUUGGAAUGACAUGCUUAAUAACCACCGGAAGUCGAUGGCAAUGUGGCAACACCUUUAUAGACGAUAACGUUUUAUGUGUUUUCCAACUAUUCAUCACAAUUCUGUUUUUUUAUCUUAUUCAUCAAAAGAAAAGUGCUUUAUGAAGAGUGAUUUCAUAUCCCAUCUCGCGAAAGAUACUAGGUCCACUUGUUCAUAGAUGUUUGUGUUAUAGUGUGUGCCGGUACUUGCCUUUUAUCCAUUGUGAUAUUGAAUGUAACCCUGUCAUAUAUCGACCUGAUGUAUUGAUCACUGAGUGUUGUGGCCUCUGCCAUUGGUCAUUUUUUUCACCAUUUGCUUCUUGUAGUACACGUGUUUUCUGUAUUAUAAAAACAAAAUGGCAGUAUAUAUGUUACAUGUUGAGAGUGGCAAAAAUAUACAUACUUAUUUAUUUUUAUGAAACGUUCAUGUUUCAUGAAUAAAAAAUCAACUCCA